CCCUCCUUUCUGGUGACAGUGAGCGUAUAAAUUUUAGCUGGGCUCUGUCCUUGCACCACACCAGAGGCCAACAUGAAGACAGUCACCGUCUUUGUUCUGCUGGCUUUCGUCGUCAUGGGGCUGGAGGUGGCCUGGGCUCAGAAGUCUCCUGGCAAAGGACGACAGAGACCUGGAUUCUGCCCAGAGUUGCCCAAAGGUACUGUGGGAAUUUGUGUUGAACGGUGCUCAGGAGAUGAUUCCUGUCCUGUGGGAAUGAAAUGCUGUAGCAAUGGAUGUGGUCACGUCUGCAAAGGAGCUGUCUUCAAAAAGGUUGGCUCUGGUGGCCGUGUGAAAGUGAACUGAACAGUUAUUGAGCAUGCCUGAAGAACAGCACCUGAAGAUUUCUUGUGAAUCCACAAAUUCUAUGCUUGGCAUAACAAGACUUCCAUAUCCAUUCUUUGCUCUUUCCUUUGCCUGAAAUUGUAGCCCUGGGGGAUAAAGAUCUAAAAGGGUGCAAUGGCUGCUUUCUAAAAAAGACUUGUAUUCAAAAUAAACUAAAUCUGUGGCAUA